UUGCACCGCGCUGCACCGCACGGGCCUGGCCCCACGCCUAGCGUUUCCAGAAGAUUGCCCUCUUCGGACUAAUCGCUCGGCGCCUCUCGUGAGAAGCGGUGAGCUCGCUGGCCUGCCAGAUGCGCGCUCUGCUGGCCGCGCCCCACCCUGCGCCCACCACGACCGGAAGCUAUCGCUCCAUCCCCGGCCACCACGCUGUCGAAGAGCUUCCAUGCCCGAUCCUCGAUGCUUCCAUUUCCCCGCUCGCCUGCGUCCGGCCUGCCAGAGGCGUACACGUUCGUCCCGGCCCACGGGGUCUGAGUCUCCCACCCUUCUCACACCACGAUGGCCUUCUGGGGAACUGUGAGACCUCGCUCAAUCUCGCAAUAUCGGCUCCCGCUUCUCAUCUCCCGCCCCCGAGUCAUUCCUCUUACCACAUUGUCCCGCGCCGUCGUGCGCCUUUCUGGAACGACUCAGCGCCGCUUCGGUGCCAUGCAGGUGCCGCCCCAAGCUUGUCGUCGAUCGUGGGGCUGUCUCACGCCGUGCCGAAUCUUUGGCCGCGAGCCCUCCGUGCCCCCCCUCCCUUCAACAGGCCAGGCCGCGAGCGGUGACCGGUCAGAGGGCGCGAGUGGCGAGCUCUUCGGGUGCGGUGAGCCAUCGGCAGCGAACCGAAGCCGUGGAUCCCAGGGUCCAGAGGGGGCGCAUCUCGUCGAGAUUGCGCGCAAAAGCCGCGGUUGGCUGCGAGUGACCCAGCUCACAGACGGGGUUGCCGCCGGCAGUUCUUGACGGCCGGACGGGCUGAACGGCGA